AUGAAAAGUGAUGAACUAAAUAUUUCCAAUUUGAAAUUGAUUAAUUAUUUGAAGAAAAUUUCAAGAAUUUCAUUUGCAAUUACAUUAACUUCAUCAUUUAUAAUUAUUGAAUUCAUUCUUUAUAAAUUUAUGUUUCAAGAUGAUCAAGAACAACAACAACAAUCAAAUGAUGGAUUUGAAUCAUCAUUUUGGUAUUUAAAUGUCAUAAUAAUAACAUUAAACUUAAUAAUCAUACAUCCAUUAUUGAUAUUAAUAUUAUUAAUUAAUAAAUUUUUCAAAUCUGAAAUAUUGAAUAAAAAUCCAAUAAAAUUAGGAACAAUUUUAGGGAUUUUCAUGACUUGGUUAAUAAUUUUAUGGAAUUUCCAUAAUUUAAUUAAGAUUGAUAUUGAAAUAGAUCCAAAUUCUUCAAUAAUUUCACAAAUUUUAUUGAAAAUUUCUAUAAUUGGAAUAACUUUAAUUUCUGUAUUGAAUGGUAUUGGUUCUUUUUCAACAGUUUAUUAUAAUGCUUAUAUAAAGUUGAAAAAUUAUGGUAAAAUUAUAAAUGAUAAAUCAAAUGAAUCAAAUUUGAAAAACUUGAGAGAAAAUUUUGAAAAUAUAAAUUCAUUAAUCAUUAAAAAGGAAGAUGAAUUAAAUCAAUUAACUUCAAGUGCUAAUGAUGAUCAAGAUGAUGGAGUACAAAGAAGACCAAGUCUUUAUUCUAAGAAAUCAUUUAUUGAUGUUCAUAAAUUAAAUCCUUUUAAAAAUCAACCAAAUUUAAAUCAAGAUCUUCAAACUGAAUUAAAUUCAUUGAAAACUAUAAAGAAUGAUUUAUAUCUCAAGAUUAACAAAUUAGAAGAGAUUAAUCAAUCUUUACAAUAUAAACCAGCUUCAAAUCAUUUAGAAUUAAUGACAAUGUUUAUACAAUAUGGAAUUACAAUAUAUUGUUUUUUCAAAAUUAUUCAAGUUUUUAUAGUGGAAUUAAUUUCCAUAUUUAAUUCAACUUUUAGAGGUAUAUCAACAAAAGAAUCAGAUCCUUUAGUACUUACAAUAAUCAAAAUUUUAAAAAUAUUCAUUACAAUUGAAGAUGAUUUUGGUUUAAUUAAUCAAUUAAGUUUUUUAAUAUCAGGUAUAUUAUUCAUAUGUUCUAUAAAUGGAGUUUGGUUAACUUUUAAACAUUUUUAUAAAUUCAUUCCAAUUGAUUUAACAAAAUUAAAUCAAAUAACAACAACUGGUGAUGUACCAAAUCAAUCAGUUUCAAUUAUAAAAAAUUUAUUAAUUAGUGAAUUAACAGGGAUUUAUAUAUUGGCUACCAUGUUAAUAUUAAAAUCAAAUUUAACUCAGGAUUUUAAUUUAAAAUUAAAUUCCCUGUUGUUUAUAAAUAAUAAUGAAACAAAUUUGAUUAUUCAAUUGAAUUCUUGGUUUGAUAAAAUUUAUUUAAUUAGUUGUGGAUUAACAUUUUUAAGUAUUAAGAUUGGUGAAUAUUUAAAUCAUGAUGAAGGAUUUGAAAAUCAAGAUAUAGCAGAUAAGAUUGUGUAA